AUGUCUGAUAAUACCGAGCCAGCAAUUUCACAAGAACUGAGAGCUUGGCUGGUCUCUACUAUUGCCGAAUCUAUUCCCAAGGCGUUAGCAGCCUUCCAGGAUAGGACUUCUACCGAAGUCAACCCUACCACACGCUUGCCUUCUGAUUCCGAGGACUCCCAGCCCUCAGAUCAAGAAACCACACGCAAGCGCCCCUGGAAAGGGGAUAGUAGGUCUGCUGGCAAGGGCAAGGCUCCUGCCAUGUCUGCCCCUCAAUCCGCCCACGUAACCUCCGAUCCCCUAGAGGGCUCUGCAUUCCACACGGACGAUAGGGUUGAGGACUAUUACCUUGGCUUUUCUGAUAAGGACCCCUCAGCGAAUGCGCUAGGGGAUACCCCAUCGGAAUUUGUCAAGGAGACUUUCCUUUAA